AUGGCUUUUCUCUUGAAGGAUUCUCCCGAAUGCGCAAAAUCCGAACUCAAUUUAUUUACACUUCCACCAACUCAAACAGUUAUUGAAAAAGGACAUUGGGUUCAAUUUCAUCCGAUAGCUAAUGCGUCAGAUGGAGGACCCAUUGAAUUUCUAAUCUCUGGAAGUGGUGAAGAAUAUCUCGAUUUGUCUCAGACUCUAUUGCAAGUAAAAGCCAAAAUUUUAAAAAGUGACGGAAAAACACUAACUACAGAAGACAAAGUUGGACCCGUUAAUUUAUUUCUUCAUUCCUUAUUUUCUCAAGUCGAUGUGAGUUUGAAUGGAAGAAACAUUUCUUCGAGCAACAAUACUUAUGCAUAUCGUGCUAUGAUAGAAACUCUUUUAAACCAUGGUUUAGACAGUAAAACUUCUCAACUUACCUCUGAAUUAUAUUACAAGGAUACAGCUGGUCGUUUCAACAUUUUCGACCAAGCAAGUGCAACUCCUAAUGAAGGAUUCAACAAAAGAGCAUCUCUAUUUAAAAACAGCGAAACUGUUGAUAUGAUUGGACGACUUCAUGUUGAUAUAUUCAAUCAAGAUAGACUCUUACUUAACCUGGUUGAUUUGAAAAUCAAAUUAAUUCGAAGUAAACCUGAAUUUUGCCUUUUAGGAAAUGAAGGAUAUAAAAUUAUAUUUGAUCAUGUUUCACUCUUUGUCAGAAAAGUCCGUUUGAAUCCAGGAGUUCUUAUCGGACAUGCAAAGGCUUUAGAAAAAACCACAGCCAAAUACCCCAUUGAUAGAGUUACUUGCAAAGUUUUUUCGAUACCUCAGUCAAGUUAUUCUUUUGUUCAAGAUAAUGUUUUCUCAGGACAAAUGCCGAAAAGACUGGUUUUAGCUUGCGUUGACAACGAUGCAUUCAAUGGAAACCCCAAAAAAUCUCCGUUUGAAUUUAAACAUUACGACAUGAAUUUUGUCGGAGUGUAUGUGGAUGGGCAGCCGAUGCCACAUCAACCUCUUGAACUCGACUUUGAGAAAGGAAAUCAAUUACCUCCAGUUAGAAAAAGGGCUUUAUUGGUCGUGAAUACUGAUACUCAUGAUCAAGAAGGAUCCCACUGGUUGGCUAUGCAUAUUCAAGAUGAAAAUACUUUAGAAUUCUUUGACUCAUUCGGAUUACCGCCUACAGCUUACGGCAGCUACAUUUCAAGAUAUAGUGAACAGUUUUUGGCUGUUAAAUGGAACAAGACACCGCUUCAAAGUUUGACAUCAAAUAAAAUUCCUGAUCUAUUUUAUCAUUAUGUCUACUCUCCUCUUGUGAAAGACGAAAGUUAA